AGUAUAUAUUAGAAAAGGAAAAAACAAAAAACCAAAUCAUUGUCCAGAAAUGUUCUGAAUAGUUUUUUGGACAUUCUGAUAAGAGUUGAUACUGUUUUAAGAGAUAGCUUGUCACCAAGUUUAAAUUACCUGGAGAGUUCCAACUAUGUUCAUUUUUGUUUCUAGUCACUUUAUUUGGUUAUUGUAAAUUGAGUGGCGACUCUUUAAGUGUUCCGUGAUGAUUGUUAUGAUAGUAGUCCAUUUAAGAAAAUGGGAUUCAGACCAGCUCGGAAAAUUCUUUUGAUCUCUCUUCUUUCUUACUGUGUCGUUCGAUCAUACUACUGUAAUGCCUCAGGCACCAUACUGCAAUCCCAAAAACUCUUGGUAGGGGAAACGCUAACCUCUGCUAGUCAGGUUUUUGAAUUAGGAUUCUUUACUCCUUCCAAUUCCUAUAAAAGGUACGUGGGCAUAUGGUUUAAAAAUAUCCCUCCUAUUAAAGUUGUGUGGGUUGCAAACAGAGAGAGUCCACUUAAAGUUUCUGAUUCUGCUGCGAGUCUAUCAAUUAGCGACAAUGGAAACUUGGUGCUUCUUGAUGGUACACAGAAUGUUAUCUGGUCAAGCAAUGUGUCUGUCCCUACUAACAACACAGUAGAAGCUGUUCUCCUGGACAAUGGGAAUUUGGUGCUUAAAAAUAAUGUCUCGGGACAAAGCUUUUGGGAGAGUUUCGAUUAUCCUUGUGAUACUUUCUUGCCAGGAAUGAGAAUAGGUUUUAACAGGAUAACUGGGAAGAGAUGGGUCUUAUCUUCUUGGCAGAAGGAAAAUGACCCCUCACCGGGAAAUUUUUCUGUUGGAAUAUCGGAGCAACUUUCUCCUCAGUUUUUCAUAUGGAACGAAUUUACUCCCUACUACAGAACCGGGGAGUGGAAUGGACUGAAAUUCAUUGGAUUGCCCUUUAUAGAUGCAGCAGCCUACGUAAUUCAGUUUGUUUUUCAGCAAGACUUUCAAGAGGGAACCACAUAUUUCACCUUUCUUCCAAAUACUUCAUUCCUAACUUUCGGGGAGCUUCAGUCUACAGGAUCUGUUCAAGUUGUGCAGUGGACCGAUGGAGCUCCAGCUUGGGAAGUUUAUUCUAAAAUGGUACAUCCACCAUGUGAUAUAUAUAACACAUGUGGACCUUCAGCAGUCUGCAGCAAGAAUAACUCCCCAAUUUGCAGCUGUUUAAGAGGGUUUGUGCCACAGUCUAGAGACGGAUGGAGCAAAGGAAACUGGACAGGUGGUUGUGUGAGGCGAACUGAAUUACUGUGUCAGCAAAAGGGAAAUAUCUCGUCUCCUGGGGUUGGACUGCAGGACAGAUUUUUGAAGUUUAGCGGACUAAAACUGCCUGAUCUUGCUGCUAUUUUUCGCCUUGACAGUGCAAGUGAAUGUGAAAGUUUGUGUUUAAACAAUUGUUCUUGCACUGCUUAUGCUUAUGUGGCAGGAAUUAGGUGUAUGGUAUGGUCUGGUGAUCUUUUAGAUAUGCAGGAUUAUUCGAAUUCUGGGGAAGAUCUUUUCCUUCGGCUUGCCUACUCAGAGUUAGGACAGAAGAGGAAAGGAGCCAGAAGCUUUAGUCUGGGUGAUUCAUGCUACAUUUCAAAAGACUACACAGUUGAAAGUUUCUGGGUUGGCAAUUUAAAGAAAGAAGAUCCAAUUGAACUUCCGCUGAUUGAAUUUGAGGUAAUUGCCACAGCAACAAACAACUUUAACGUAGAAAACAAACUCGGAGAAGGAGGAUUUGGUCCAGUUUUCAAGGGAAAGCUAAGAGGUGGACCAGAAAUAGCAGUGAAAAGACUUUCUAAUCGAACGGGGCAAGGCAUAGAGGAGUUCAAGAAUGAAAUCCUGUUGAUAUCAAAACUCCAGCACAGGAACCUUGUACGACUCCUCGGAUGCUGCAUUGAGGGGGAAGAACUACUUAUAAUUUAUGAGUACAUGCCAAACAGAAGCUUGGAUAAAUUUCUCUUUGAUGCAUCACAAAAAGAACUGCUAGAUUGGCCUAAACGGUUCAACAUCAUUCAAGGUGUUGCUAGAGGGCUAUUAUAUCUACACCGAGAUUCCUGUUUGAACAUUAUCCACAGGGAUUUGAAGGUAAGCAACAUCCUGUUGGAUGAGGAAAUGAAUCCAAAAAUUUCAGACUUUGGUUUAGCAAGGACGUUUCAAAAGCAGCAGCAACUUGUGCAUACUCACCGAGUAGCUGGAACAUAUGGAUACAUGUCUCCUGAAUAUGCUUUGAGGGGGGUAUUCUCGGAGAAAUCUGAUGUCUUCAGCUUCGGAGUCUUGUUAUUAGAAAUCAUAAGUGGCAAGAAGAAUUCAAGUUUCCAUUACGUUGAAGAAAAUCUCAACCUCCUUAACUAUGCAUGGAAAUUGUGGAGUGAACAAAGGGGAUCAGACUUCAUGGAUGAGACAUUGAUCAACUCAUUUUCUCCAGAAGAGAUAACGCGAUGCCUACACGUUGGCCUUCUCUGUGUUCAAGAACAUCCUAGGGACCGUCCUACCAUGGCUGACAUAAUUCUCAUGCUAAACAGUGAAAUGAAAUGCUCAAGUCCUACACAACCCACAUUUAAGUUUGAAACAUACUUGGAUCUUGAUGGAUCAGAAAAAGAUAACAAUAGAUGUUCCAUUAAUGAGUUUAGUACAUCUUCUUUGUCACAGGGACGAUAGAACAUGUUAAUUAUUAUACACUCUAAAAGAAAAUUGUUAGUCGUGUAAAAUAUUUUCUUCAUUUGUAAAUGCGUGAGGAUCCUCAGAGAUGUAAAUCGUUUCAACCCCCAUU